CAGUUUACUUCCUGCUUCGGGCGACCCAGAGUGAAGUGGUAACCUGUCCAUGUAAAUACGCAGAAUAUAGAAGGCUUCAGACGUUGAACUACCAGCCUACAGUCGACAGUUCAGCCGUGACCAAUGUGACGGAUUCCGCUGGUGACAUGGCGUCUAACUCGGAUGACGAUGAUGUGUCGAUUCCUUCACGUUAUAGGAACGUGUCGCUAGAUGCUCUCCGAGUGUCGGCUCGAAAGAAGCUGUCUCAAUACCUCAACAUUGAGAGGUUGCUGAAUGAAGAUGGCAUGGUACCAGAUUAUAAUGGGCUGGCCGAGCAAAUUGGCUUCUCCUUCCUGGAGAUCCAGAACUUCGGCCGGCAGAAAGACCCAACAACGGAGGUGCUGAACGAGUGGACGAGGAGACCAGACUUGUCCCCCACUGUUGGUCAGCUCUUUUAUUGCCUGAGGGUGAUGGGCCGUGAAGAUGUGAUGACAGACUGCAAACGUAGCAUCAUUCUGGACAUCGAGCACUAUGUUUCACAGCAGGAACGUCGCCAGAACAAUGUGGUACCUCUCCAAGAUGACACCAUUUCCCAGAGUUCCACUCCUGAAUCUUCUGAUUUCACAGAUCAUGACACAGAUGAAUACAGAUACAUGACUGUUCAGGAUGUUGAGAGCAACACACCAACGUUUUACGAUGCGUUCGUGUGUUAUGACCCAGAGGGUUAUGACCUACAGUUUGUUAAGAAGAUGCUGUCGGAGUUGGAGUCUGCGCGGUAUGGUCUGAAGCUGUUUGUACCUUGGAGAGAUGAUCUGCCUGGGUCUUCCGCGCACACCGUGUCAGCCAAGCUGAUUCAGGACAGAUGUCGGAGAAUGGUGAUCAUUAUGUCUCCCCGCUUCUUGAAGAGUCCAGCCUGCGACUUUCAGACGAAGUUUGCCCACAGUCUCGCUGUAGGUUCCCGCAGCAAGAAGUUGGUGCCUGUCCUCAUCACACCAUGUUUUAUACCCCAGAUCCUCCGCCACGUAACACUCUGUGAUUUCACAAAACGAGACCUGAUGGAGUGGUUCUGGCAUCGGCUUGCCCGAGCAAUUAAAGCUCCCCUCAACUUUGAGGAGCUGCAGAUCAACGACAAGAUUUCAUUGGAAGACAUCACUCUUAGUCUAAAUCAAGAACAAUAUCGCAACAGUGGCAGCAGUAGCAGCAGCAGCAGCUCUAGCCAACCACUACCCAUCAUCCAUUCUUCUCCUUCUUCCUCCAGACCAGCUGCUGCUGCUGCAGCAGCCAACUCCCCCGGAUCAAGUAGUCCAAUGGAAGUAGGAUCCCCAGUGCAGAGUGCCCCGCAAGGCUCCUCGAUGUCCUCAUCAACACAGGCUUCAAGUCCUGUUCCUCCACGUCGUAGACAUCGACAGACUGACAGAAGCAUCCCUCAGUUAUUCCCAUCCAGUCAGUGUUGACGCUAUUGGCAGUUACCACCCGAAGCAUCUCAUGACUUUUCCAACACAGUCAGUGUAGACCUUUUUGACUGUAAUGGUUUAGAGACUUGAAUCUGCAGAGCAUAUUUUGUUUGCAAAGUAACUGCUGCAAUCAGUUUAAUGUAUGUUACAGACAACUCUACAUUCCAGAUGUGUUUCUUGCAGAAGUUGCAAGGAAGUGAGAUCUUGGUUUCCUUUCUCUCUUUCUUGCAGGCUUUGCAUGAGAAGGAAGUGAGAUCUUGUUUUCUGUUACCUGUUUCUUGCAGGCUUUGCAUGAGAAGGAAGUGAGAUCUUGUUUUCUUUCCCUGUUUCUUGCAGGCUUUGCAUGAGAAGGAAGUGAGAUCUUGUUUUCUGUUACCUGUUUCUUGCAGGCUUUGCAUGAGAAGGAAGCGAGAUCUUGCCUUCUGUCAGACGAGUCUAACAAGUAUGAAAUGCUAUGUUCUGGACCAAAUACCUUAAUACCUGAAGCAGGGACUACGUGCUCAAAGAGCAUACACAUAGGAUUUGACUUUCACAACAUCUCCAAAAGGUCUAAGAUGGGGUUUAACAAUCAUUUAAAGGAUGAGGGCUAGUUGGGAUCUAAAAGCUCUCUUUGUCUAACUAAAUGUCAAAAGUUGUUGACAACCAGAAGGCAGGAGUGUAAACUCAUUAUCUGAAGGAAAACUUAUAAUUGAUCAGUGUAUCAGAGUACAAGAUAUAUUGACAUGUCAUAUCUUAUGAUAGGACAGUAGUAAAUGUAUGGUUAUACCACACAACUAGUGGUAGGACAACGAUACCCUUAUUUAAGUGUUUGGUUUAUACCACACAAGCAGUGGUAGCACAAUAUUACAUAUAUUUAAGGGUUUGGUUCUUACCACACAACCAGUGGUUGGACAACAGUACAUAUAUUUAAGAGUUUGAUUUAUACCACACAACCAGUGGUAGGACAACAGUACAUAUAUUUAAGAAUUUGGUUUUUACCACACAGUAUAUAUUUAAGGGUUUUGUUUAUACCACACAACCAGUGGUAGGACAACAGUACAUAUAUUUAAGAGUUUGGUUAUACCACUCGAUCAGUGGUAGGACAACGUUACAUGUAUGUAAGUGUAAGUGGUUUAUACCACAUGUCUGAGAAAUAAUGUCAUAUAGGGCACAGUUAAUACAUUCUCAUAUAGGUGUCUUAACUCUCCAACUGAUAUCUCAGGGCAUGCAAUAGUGACAGAGUUCUCUAGGACAUGUUCUGUCACUGAGCAAGCUGUCUCCAACUUAUUACAGAUGCAACUAGUAAUGCAGUGGGCAGUGUUUAAUGACUCAGGAUCAGACGUUUUGUUAGUUAAGCUUUCUGAAAGCUUGAUAAAACUGGUUGGUUUGGAUUGUGUAGAGUGAGCUUUCCAUUGAAACUGAUAUCACCUCAGGUCCUGUCUGUAAUGUGUUUAUCUGUCUUGAGCAUGUCCUGUAAGGCUCUGUUCUGUCUAUGGUGUUCGGCUCUCUGCUACAUAUAAUCUCAUGUAAGGCAGUUUUCUGUCAUUCAUGAUCUGUAAGGCUCUCUUCCAUAAUGCUUUCUUCUACAUGUAGUGUCCCGUAAGGCUCUCUUCUGCCUAUAGGGGCUGUGGGGUAGCCUUGUGACUAAUGCGUUGGCACGACACGCGGAAGACACGGGUUCGAUUCCCCACAUGGGUACAAUGUGUGAAGCCCAUUACUGGUGUCGCCCGCUGUGAUAUUGCUGGAAUAUUGCUAUAAGCGGCGUAAAACCAUACUCACUCACCCUUCUGCCUAUAAGGUUUCCACUAGGAUCUCUUCUACCAGGUGCGUCCCGUGGGGCUCUAUUCUAUCUAGAGAUUGUCCCGUUGGCCACUCUUUCUUGUCAUUGUAAUAUUCAAGAUUCAGAAAUAGUGACAUCUCAAACACAGCAUGUAAUUGGUAAGUCAUAUUCUGAAUUAAUUGUUCUGUUGAAAUUCUCCAUGGAGGUGAAACUUUCUGUGAUCAGUUACCUUCGUGAUGUAUCCUUCCACUGAGAUGGUUCGUUCACAGAUUCAGACAAUGUAUAUUUUUUAUCAUGAUCUUUUAGGACCAAUAAAUAUAUUUAGAUAUUA